AUGGACGUCAGCCCUGUCCUCUUACUGCUGGACUCUGCGAAUGUCAGCGUGUCAGUGUGGCCCCCGGGAUCGAACAUCUACCUCGACGAGAGUGUGUUGCUGCGGUGCACCGUGGAGUCAGACUCCAGCUUUGUGUGGAGCUACCAAUGGCUCAGACACAGACUCCACCCUGCUCAGACUCCAAACCCCAGACACCUGGUCUCAGGAGACAGCUACUCCAUCACUGCGGUGACGAGGGAGGACGCGGGGAGCUACCAGUGCCAAGCAGAGCUGAGAGAGGUCAACAUUAGCUCUCUGGUGAUCCUCAGUCGGCAGGUUGUUCUCAGAGUGUCAGAUCGGCCCCCUCCCUUACUGACUCUGACUCCCAGCAGCAGGCAGAUCUUCAGAGGGGAGUGUUUCUCUGUGCAGUGCCCUUCCUCUCUCUCUCAGAUGAACUCCUCUGGAUGGACACUGAGGCGGUUUCCUCCAAGGAGCGGACUCUUCUUCACUGACCAGUGUUCACCACUAGGGGGCACUGUUAGCACAGAAAGGCCUGACACGUGUGCGUUCACUGCUGUGAGAGAGAACGGAGGACUGUACUGGUGCGAGGGCGAGGAGGGCCGCAGCAACGCAGUCAGCAUCUCAGUGAGCUAUGGCUUCAUCAUCCUCAGGUCUCCAUCGUCCCCCGUACUCCUCGGGGACUCAGUGGACUUGUUCUGUCAGUACUGGACGGGAAACAACGGAACAACCAGCUUCUAUAAAAACGGAGCAGAGAUCACGACCUCUACGUCUUCCAGCGGAUACAGAGAGAUAAAGAUGAGGAUUGAGAAGAUGACGCAGGAGGAUGAAGGUCUCUACAAGUGUGUGUCUGGAGACGGACGGAUGGAGAGUCCAGAGAGCUGGUUAUCAGUGAGACCUGAUCAAGGCUCCUGGAUGUGGAUCACUGCUUCAUGUGGACUUUUGCUUCUGCUGCUUGUUCCUCUUUCUGUCUGGCUCGUUCAUCGCUACAGGUACCAGGCGUUUUGCACUCGUAGCUGCUGGCCGGUCUCUACAGAGGAACCUGGAGAUGUGGGGCUCCCUGCGACCAAACAGGACGUGACAGAAGUGCAGUGGGACCUCUCCUGGAUGGAGAUGUCCAACCUGCUGGAUAAACAGUUAUACCCCGGGACCUAAAGGGUCUGUCCAACUUCUAUCAGCGCUGCCUCUGCCACAAAAAACAGACAAUUUAAGAUAAGAUUCUCUCAGGCCGAGGUCAGACUACAUGAUCGCUUAAUCUAUUACAAUAAUCACUGUGUCAGUUCGUCGAUCAGAGAGCCAUAAAUUGUGCCGUGAUACGACCGACAAACUACACAUUGGUAUCCGACCAAUCAUCAUGACUGACGUGAUGACGCUGGAGGGAAGAAAGGCCGAGCAAGAUAAUACUCGAUACCCAAAAAUGCUAACGCCAGUUACUCACCGGGUCGUAUCGCUGUUUCUCUCCAACAUUUCUCUUCUUACGUUUGUCGUGGUCGUCCCUCGAUGACAUGUCAUAAAAGCCAAGAUGUUGUGGCAACUUUUCCUCCAUCUCAUGGCACCAACUUCAUCAUUCUUCAUUAGCUUAAUCAUUUUCUUUACGCUCGUGA